GUAAAAAAAUUUUUGAUAUGAAAUUGCUUUUCGCUGCAUUUAUUUUUAGAAAUAAAGUAAAAACAACAAGAUGCUCAGAUCUUUAGCUGGUGCAGUAAAAUGUGUGUUGGAACCAUCUGUUUUAAUACAAAGCAGAAAUUAUGCUAUUGCCAAACGAAAGUUAAUCAGAAAAGAAUAUUUUGUCUACAAACCAAAAAUGAAAUCCAGAUAUAAAGGCAACCCCUUUCCUAGGUUGAAGUUGAUCUUGCUAGAAGAUGUCGAAAACAUUGGUAUGAAAGGAGAUUUAGUUGAAGUUAAGCGAGGCAGAGGUAGACUUGAUUUAAUACCAAAUAAAUUGGCUGUAUACGCCACUGAGGAAAACUUGAACAAAUUUGGUAUAGAUCCCGAAAAAAUCGCUGUUAGCACGCCCAAGGUGCCUCAAAACGUAUUAAAAUAUCUGAAAAAAAGCCAGGUGAAUUUAGUGACGCCGUUACUUGAAAACAUUCAUGAAGAGACCCGUGAUAGCUGGAUAAUAACAAAACACGAUAUAGCGGAGUAUUUUCAUCGGCAUUCUAAUUUACAAGUACCUGUCAGCUGUAUGAAUGUCGUUGACUGUGACGACGACAUCAUAAAGGAAACGGGAAGUUAUGUCGUAGAAAUCACUAUUAAUGACAGCGUGACUGUUCCAGUUGCGUUGAAUGUAACACCUAGGGAAAAAGAAUUAGAAGGCCUGGAUUAAUAUGUUUACAGUUUAUUUAGUUUUGAUAAAUAUAUUUUUACAUAACAUCUGUAUGAAAAAGCUUCCGUCCUUUUUUUGUAAUUUUUACGUAAAAAAUAAUUCGCGCAAAAUUAGACAAAAAUUUGACAAAGUUUUUUUAAGCAACUAAGUAAGAGCGUACCACUUGAAGCUGUUUACUGUUCAACACUAAAAGUAACAGUUGUUUAUGAGAAGUUUACUAUCUUACUUUGCUAAAAUAUAUCAAAAGUUAAGAAUUACAACCCCAGUACAAGUUGCUUAUUGGUAGGUUGCUUCUUAAGUAAAAAGUAUUGGCUUUCAGAAGUUUAGAAAGCUCCCACCAUUAGGGACAUAAUAAAAGGAAGAUUAAUUUUUAAGGGCGUUGCUUUUUUUCACAUGAUUUGUUCUUUUUUUUACCUGGCAAGGUCUUUUAUAUUGUAGAAGGAAAUAAAAAUACCGAUAGCACACUACGUGCAUAUAAAUGACACCCAAUAUGGAUGUCAGCUAUGUUUGACGUUCGACACUUCAACUAACAAAGCGAUGGACACUUCAACUAACAAAGCGAUGGCAAGAUCUCCUUAGCCUUCAAUUUUUACUGCGAAACAGUAUCAUCGUCUGGGAAGACUUCCUGUAAAAAAAGUUUCAAUAUUCUUACAAUUUCCGCGCGUGCUUUUGCGCAUUCGAUCUGGGAACGAGGUUGGCUACUGUGUUAAACUGCAGGUUUAACCUUAGUGUAGGAGCACAUUUAAAACAAACUUUUGAAAUCAAAAAGAAAUGAUCAUUUUUUUUAGAAAGUAACAGAACAGGAAAGAAGUAACUUGUAAUUGAUGGUUGAUAAUAUUGUACAUGAAAAGGCGGAAAAAAAAUAGUUUGGAAAGUCUUACUACAGACAGAAAGUAGUUAUGAGAAACAUUGGUGGUCGUGGAAGCUUGCUAAGAAACUGUUAAAACUAAACCUUUCUCCAGGUUUCUUGCAAGCAUACCAGUGACUAUAAAACAGGGUUUUUUUCCUUCACGUGUUAUGGAAACAGCGGAUGUGUGAGGUGUAAGCAAAGCUAAGCAAAAAAACCAUAAAACAAUUUAAAGAAGCUGUUGUUAACAUGCGCUUAAACGACGGGCUCUCAGCGAAAAAUUCAUCCCAUCCUCUCAUGUGCAACCUCUAACCCCAACCAUAUAACCCCAAAAGAACACUAACUGAGUUGGUAUUCUCCUCUGGCUGUACUGUGUAUUUGUUGACGUCACUUGACCUGAGUUGUUUAUGCAUCACAAAGCAAAUUCACACUGUUAGUUAAAAUCCAUACCAUCGUAAAUACUCGAUUAAUUGUCAAAAAUUAUUUUAAGGGUGCGUGCUUAUUGAAAGGGUUUAUGUUAAAAUGAGGGGUGGUUGUGUAACAAAUUGAUGUUCGAAAAUAUUUUAACAAAGGAAAAACUUAUUAAAUGUUUUUUUUUGAAUUACAUAUAUUGUUGUUAGUCAAGCUAGUUAGGACGGUAGUC